AUUACAAAUUCUGAACCACCAUCUGCAUCAUCUUUAUUUAAAAUGACAAAUGAAGGCGAUGUCAUGGUUUUAUCUGGUGGCCUCUCUUCAAACAAGAUUUACAAACUUACUAUUGCUAUCCAUGGGUUUGAUCAACUCUGUAAAGGUGAUCUUUUUAUCAAAGUCCUGCCAAUACACUUUGUUAAUUUCACAAAACCAACGUAUUUUGCAACAGUGCAUGCAAAUUCAGGACCUCUGGCACAUGUAAUAACACUUGAUGUUGUGAAGACUGAGGGUAUGCUCGUGUUCUUUACCAUACUAACAAAGCAGGAUUCCUUUCAGAUCACACACGACACUGGUGAAAUGACAACUACUUACAAUUUUGACAACCAAUCGCCCGUGAACAAGCGUCAUUUUUUAUUAAACGUCACAGUGUGCAACAUGGCCUAUCAAGUCAAUGACACAGCCUUGGUCAACAUUACUGUCUUGAACGUCAAGGACAUCCCUCCUUCAUGCAAUCCAGCAGUCAUUAUGAGGACUGUCACAGAGCAGCAAUCUUUACAUUUUAACUUGAACUGUACUGCUUAUGAUGGGACAAAAAAGAAUCUGUGCUACAAGAUUGUCUCCGAAACGAGCUCAGCCAUCACUUUCAAAAUGGACAAAGAAAACGUUGAGGUAAAUACUGCCAUUCAGUGUCAUUUUCCAGAAAAUCGUAACACAACUUACGUUUAUUCAGCUGUAAUUAUUGUAAAUGAUACUCGAAAUCCAGCACUUUCAACCUAUGUUAAAGUGUACAUUUCUGUAAUACCUGUUCAGCAUCAACUUCAGUGUAUUACUUCAAAUAUUAAAGUUCAAAGGACAACUCUCAUGGGUACCGUAGUGGAUAGGGUGAAUGUAACAGAUGUAACAAACCAUCACUGUGUAUUAAACAGAAUGUGGUUUAGAGUCAUCAACAAAACUCCAUCACCUUCUGCAUUCUUCAUAGAUCCUCGAACUGGGUUUAUUCAUCUCAUGAAUAAUUUGGAACAUGAAACACAAACUGUUUUCAGCCUGACACUUCAUGUUUCAGUGUACAGGAAUACGCCCAAUGUAUCCAUCUGUACCAUCACUAUUCUAGUGGAGGAAACUCUCUUGCAGUGCAAUUCUUUGAAUACCUAUAGUAUCCUGUCAACAACUCCACCAGGCACACUUGUGUUUACACCUCAUUGUUCUUCACCAUCCACUUUGUCCUUUCAUAUUGUGGGAGGGAAUAUCAACGAGAAGUUCUAUAUUCUACCUAUAACAGAUGGAACAAUAUACACAACGAGUCCAUUUUCUUAUGACUUACCUGGAGUGAUUGACCCCACCUCAUUUGAACUCCUGGUCCAGGUGAAGGAAGAAGAAUUUCCACACCGCUCUGUUACUUUGACAGUCAUUAUUCAUGUGACACUCAGCCAUGUCACUACAGUUACAACUACACAAACCACAAAGAUAACCACACGAACAACUGAAAUCAUCACAUUAUUGGAAUAUUACUGGUUACCUGAUACCUGGUUUAUCAUUGUUAUGAUUGUGUUUGGAGUGCUCCUACUGCUCAUGCUGUUCAUAAUCUGGAAAGCCUCCAGAAGCCUUUUAGGUCAUAUGAUAAAUAAGAAAGUAAAUAGGAAAAGCAAACACGAGAAGACCAAAGAUAUGAUGAUGAAAGAAGAUGAAGCUGUUUUGAAUCUCUAGAAGAUGUUUGGGCAGAGGAAGGCUUUCUCCCCAUGUAAGAACAAAUGGCUUGACUGCUGAAAUUAUUGGUUUAGGAGAAUUUCAGCAUUGAGUUAUGAAGAAUGAUAUGAU